GUUGACCGGUCGUCAUCAUCGGACCUGCGGAUCACAGUGGCGUGAGCGAGCGCUGGCUCCAAGGACUCGCGGGUUCAUGCAGACUGGCCACGGGUCGAGAGCCCAAGGGUCGAGCCUAUAGUUAGUCCCGUGUCGCGGCGCUGGUAGCAUCAGAGGCCCGUAGACAGCAGCAGGCGAGUGGCACCUCGGAGAGGAUCGUGAGAAGGAUUGGCAGGGAGAUAGAUCGAGGACGAUGUCGGCGAGCAAGUCGUGCGCGCUGCCAGCAGUAGCAGACGAGAAGCCUCGGUACAGGAAGCCGCAUUUUUUCUCGUCCGGGCUGUCGGGAGUGCAUUUUUCGUGGUCCUUCGUCAUGCGCAGCACUCUGCUGUCGGCGAAUCGCAGCUCGGCGAGUUCGUCGUCGUCGUUGAAUUCGUCGACCGAGUCCUGGAGCUCCGUCGAGUCCUGCAAUUCGCGUUCGGUAUCCGGAUCCAGCAUUUCUGGUGUGUCCUCCGAUGCUGGCUCGAGUAAUUCCAGCAAUUGCUCCUCGUCCAAGCGAUCGCUGUGGUCUUUCGGGCUUCGCCGAGCUAAGAGACGUGGCAAAUCGUCGGAGAUCACUCACUGUAUCCCGCAGCUCGAUAAUUUGCCCUUCUCGAAUUCGGGCAAGUACUUGACUGUAAUCGUCGGAGCGAGAGCCGAGCACACCGCCAAGUAUGUGAUUAGCAGAAGCCUCCUCGCGCACCCUCUCUUUCAAGUCAUGCUCACGGUUUCCAAGGACGAGUACGGCAAAGAGUACGCUGCUGACGGAGGCGUUUCGAUCGUCUGCGAUCCGGAUUUGUUUCUGGAGGUGGUCAGGGUCGUCGACGGGAAUUUGCAGUCUGUCCGACAAGUUGACUCGGAGGAGUGAAUUUUGUCCCGCACGCAUUGAGUGAGUGGCCGCGACCUCCCUGUACAUACAGCAGCCUCUCAUCUCAUGCAUCCGAGCAGCCCACAGCACUUCGAUUGUGGCUACAAUUUUUUCCCAUCAAUGAGCAAUCAGCGUUGCUCCGGGCUGUAAAUGCAUACACUGAGAGAUCCCUUUCAGGCUCGAGACCAGCCUGGGUUGAUACCGAUCAACAACAAUUUUGCGUGUCUUGGAAUUUUGGUUCGACCGGCGGAUCCGGAGAAUCCUGAACCAUAGGGACUUGACGUAGUGAGAUCUUCAUACAUUCUUUAAUUGUUACAUGCGAUUCAUUUUGGACGGAAGGACCGACAAAUCGAUGGCACGGUACAAUCUCCAUGUGGAAGAACACACGAUAGUGCUUCUGCGAAAUAUAGAGAGUUGUAUAGAUAGUCCGAUGAUUUCUGUCGAGAGUGAAGACUUGGAUUUGUGGUAUAUACAAAAUCUUUAGUGAAAUUGUGACACUGUAUCUGCCAGUUGCAAUCUGCAACUGAGGCAGAAUAGGGAGUGAAAAUGAAGCUCCAGCGUGUUGUAGAUCUGAGUUUCGAAAGUCUUACCAUAAGAAUUUAGGUGAAAUGUAGAUAUUGUAAGAAUUGUACAUUUAUACACCACACUGUGAUAGACUGCUAUCAAUGAAAACUUUAGAUUGGAGCUCCAGAUAUGUGCAAGUUUCAUCGUACAAGAAAAAUCAAAAAGUUUCUGCUUUGGGUUCCUUAAGGGUUUGGAAAGGUGCAUGAAGUUGAUCAUACUGAUAGGGUGCACGCUUCCCAUCCGCAUGACCCACCUCGAUCAUAAGAUUCAUGAUUGAAUCUUGUUUGAGCGAAAUGAAAGCUUAAU